UGCGGUAGUAAACGGUUUUAAAAUUGUAGUAAUAACUUUGCGCAUUGCUCUAAAUCAAAAAUCCGCUAAAUUUAAUAUUUUAACCCGUAUGCUUUUAUGUCUAGUUCGACUAUAAUGGCCGAACAAUUGGAGCGUUAGUUUCGCACCGUUUUCUAGGUUAUGUACGAUUGAUUUUUACGAGAUUAAACAAAACAUCUGAUUAGCGCAAAAGUGCCGGGUGAAACAAAAUGGUACUCAGCGAAAGCACGACAUCGAUCCGGAUUGUUAGCGUGGAUCACUACAUGCACAAGCCGGAAGUAAGGUUCGAUACUUGCUACUCCGAGUUUCGAGGGUGCGAUGUGAAGCAGGUUCCAGUGAUUCGUUUGUUCGGAUCAACAUCCGAUGGGGUACACAGCUGUGUGCAUAUUCACGGUGUUUUUCCCUAUCUGUACGUGCCGUACGAUGGAACCGGCACCGAUAGGUUGGCUGUCGAUCGUUUCAUGUAUCAACUCGCUAGCGGUCUGGAUAAGGCUAUCAACGUAUCGCUUGGCAAUGCCAGUUCGACAAAAUCGCACGUUUUUCGGAUAGCGUUGGUUAAGGGUACACCAAUCUACGGGUACCACAGAAAAGAGCAUUUGUUCCUUAAAAUUUAUCUCUACAAUCCGCAUUUCAUUCGGAAAGCCACCACUUUGCUGAUGAAUGGUGUAAUCCUAUCGCGGGUGUUUCAAACGUACGAAACGCAUAUUCCUUAUAUUUUGCAGUUUUUCAUCGAUUAUAAUCUGUACGGAAUGAGCUUUCUACGUGUACCUACCAAAGCGAUCUGUGAGCGGAUCGGUUCUGACGCCGAAUUACCGAAAAUGUCUACUUCUGAGUACGAAAUCGACAUUCAGGCAGUGGAUAUUCUUAACCGUACUACACUAGAGCAGGGGAAACAGUCGGAGUACGCUAAUCCUGGUAUAGCUUCGAUUUGGGAUGAUGAAUGCGCUAGACGGCGUUUACUCGGGCUGGAGCAGCCAGUGGCUGUCAGUUUGUCACAAAGUGGUAAGACGGAAAUCGUAACUGAGAGCGAUCGGUUCUAUCGGAGUGUGUUGAUUUCCAAGCUGAACGAAAAACAACGACGAGUGUCACAAUCUUCGCAGGCAAAGGAUGUAAAACGAGUGAAACCUCCGGUUUCAUUUUAUCCCUCAGAAAUAGGCGACAAAGAACAGUUGCUUGAUGCAUCGUGCAUUCAGAAUCAUAAAAGUUUUACGCAAAUGUCUUUUGCGAAUUGCUCAAACGUAAGAUUCGAUCUUUUUUCGGAUUCUGUCGACGAGGAUCGCAUCAUUAGCAUGUCACAAAAUCCGGAUGCCUCUUUUGUCGAGGAGGACCACGAGUUGUUGGGUAUUAUGAGAGAACUGGAGGAAAAUGAAAACAAUGAACGGGACGGCGACAGUUUGCUGGCACCGCUGACGCAACUGAGUCAGAAUCGAGUACCCUGUACGGCUGGGAGUUUGCUUGAGCUGUCCCAGUCCGGUAACAGACGACUGAAUGCAACCCUGAGUGGGAAUUUGGAGACAGUUUCUAUGAUGGAAAGUCGGACUGAGGAGGGUGAAGUUGCCGAGCUGGAACGUCAGCUUCUGGAAGGUGAUUUAACGUUGGAUUCGGACGAUGAGUUUUUGCUGGAUUAUACUUCGAAGCUAGAUUUACAACCGGAGAUGAGUAAUGAGGGCAAUUUAUUAAACGCCAGUGACGAUGACAUGCUUAUGAACAUUAUUCCGCAACUGGACGGGGCUGUCGAUGAUUUAACUUUGGCGCCGAUAGCAAAACGCAAUCGCUCGAAUGGAACAUUUACCGACAGUACGGCGCCGCCGGUUAACGGGGUUCAAACGAACGGCCUAGAACCUGAAAUAAAACGGUCGAGGCGUUCACGAGAGCUGAAAGCAGAGACUGGAAGUGAACCCGUCAAAAGAUCACUCUCGAAUGGAUCCCCAGCCGGCCCGCUGUCACCAAGAACAAGGAAAAAAAUUAGAGGCGAGCAAAACGGUUUGCAAUUAAUCAAUGGCCAAUCGACUCCGGAGAAACAACCACCUCCAAAACUGAAAGAGCUAAAAAUCAGACUAUCCAAAAUGGAUUUCUCAAGCUACCGGCUGCCUCCCAGUGAUUCGCCACAAAAAGAACCAAAGCGAGAUCUUUCACCGUACGACGAGUUUCGUCUAGCGCGCGAGUAUGAUCUAGCAAACAAUUGGGACCCCCAGGAGGGUCUCUCAAGUGGAACCAAACGCGGUCGUGGUCGCUCGAAAAAACCCAAACCCAAGCCAGCAAUUCAACAACCGAAACCGAAACGAAGGACACCAUUCAAACAAAGGCUUCAACCGGAAGAAAUCGAUGUUGUGCUGUCACAACGCUUCCAAAACAUCAUCAAACUAUCGCCGAAAGUACUGCUGAAGCCUCUCAGUCAGCAGGAGAUGGCUCAUCUCAAGGAAAAGCCAGCUCAGGUUGCCACAUCAGACACCGCCUGUGAGCUGGCAAACAUAUCCGACAAGCUGUCGCGCUCCGCUGACAGUGCCACAUGGUCACACUUGUCGGAAAUUCCAAUGGAAACGAACCAGAAGGUGGUAUGUUCACCGAUCGCCCCACUUCAACCGGAAAGCGAAGAACCGGAGGAAAUUGAAGACCUUAACAUCGAAAGCUUUUACGAAAAAACUCUAGCGUUUGAUGAUUUUGACGAAAUUGGCUCAACUUCCGACGAAAGUUUGACCGGUUAUCAGCUCGGUUCGGUUACUGGAAGCGAUGAAAAGGUAGUAAUCGCGCUUCAGGAGAAACCUCCCUCGUUUGGGGACGCACUAAAGGCGGUACAUGAUUUCGCAAUACCAAAGGUCGUUCAUCAGGAACCAUUCUACGGUGAUCCCGCGGAUAUUACGGGUAGGAAAGAGGUCGGCCACGUAGUGCUGAAUAUCGGUGGCAAUAGUUUUAAUGAUCUGGAAGAAUUUCGAAGCGUUGUACCUGGUUUAAGUUCGCUCAAUCAGCUGCGAUACGAAAAGUUAUGUUCGAUUUAUGGGGAAGAUAUUGACCAAGUUGUGGGGGACCCAAGGUCCCGUUCGGGCAGCGGCAAAAUCAAAGAAUUAGUAACUUCCAACCGCGCAGUAGCCAUCCAUCUGGCUGCUAAACCUCCAUCCAAACACGAGGCCAAAGUCUGGCUGAAAGCAAUCGAAAGCAUAAAAUCCGAGGAUCUCGCCGCUUCAAUUGAACAGGAUAGUCCAAUCAAGAUAAAAAAGAUGCAGGCAAUUAUGGUGGGCGACGAUGCAACCAACAUGGAGACUCAGAGCUCUACAAAAAGUAAAAUUGACCACGACAGUGCACUUAAUUUGAGCUCCCUGAUCUCCGCCGACAGCCAGCUAGAUUGCAGUUCACGAAAAUCACUUGUCUCGAAAAUUUUCUCAAUGAAUACCACUAGGUCUUCGCCUGCUCUCGCAGGUGACCAGUUGCCAGCGAGUGCUGACCGCUUGCAAUUGCCGAGCUACAGUGCACGACGGAAACGAAGCAAAAAUGCCGGAAAAGCCAGAUUGUCACUAAGUACAACGUUCAAACGCUUGCGCAGCGCAACUAAAGAGGAACCCACUUCCAGUGCCUUUAUGGAAACAAGCGUUUCCGAAGAAACGAUCGCACAAGUGCCAGCGCCCUUAUUAGAGGACGGAAUGGACAUUAUUGCUUCGUCGCAAGCACGUACAAACAGUCAAAAAUCAAACGAAAAUGGGUCGAAUCAAUCGACGUUACCGCACAGCGCCGAAAUCGCCUCUAUGAAACAGCGCCUUCUAGGGGAGGAGCCCAUGAUUGCCAAUGAUAGCCAGACGGUGGGGGACAACAGCGGAAACAUUUCCGCUACCACUCAGCUCGGCAACACCUUCGGCUUUAAAGUCAAUUUCGAAAAUCUUCAGAAGGCUAAAGCUACUUGCGAGUACAACCAUCUGGCCAUAAUGUCGGUGGAAAUUCACGUGCAGACGCGCGGCGAGCUGUGUCCAAAUCCGGAAAUCGACCCAAUUUCGGCAAUGUUCUAUCGCAUUCAUAACGACGUCCCGGAGGAUCACCGUCGGGCGCCUUCGGUUUGCGGGAUAAUCCUCAACCGUGAACAUGCGGACGGCAAAACCGUCGAGCCGCCGGCUUUCAAGUACAAUAAGUGCAUCUACACGGCCGAUGUCGUAACGGUUGCGAACGAACGGGAGCUGUACGAAAAGUUUCUGAUGUUGAUAUCGUUUUGGGAUCCGGAUAUUUUCGCCGGGUACGAGAUUGAGCAAGCCUCCUGGGGUUACAUCAUUCAGCGGGGUUACGCGCUGGAGAUGAAUCUGAUGAAGAUGUUGUCGAGGGUACCGACGGCGGAGAAGGUUCACGUGUCCGAGGAGGAAGAGCAGGAUUUGCUCGAGAUGCAUGAGUACAGUGCGGGGUUGAAGAUUCCCGGUCGGAUAUUGUUGGAUAUUUGGCGAUUGAUGAGGCAUGAGAUUGCACUUACUUCCUACAGUUUUGAGAAUAUUGUUUAUCAUAUUUUGCAUCGCCGCGUUCCGCGGCAUUCGUUUCGACUGCUGACGAGACUUUGGAAUAAGCCGUACUCGAAGUGGAUUGUGUACGAGUAUUAUCUGGAACGGGUGAAUGGAAAUUUGGAGCUGCUGCAGCAGCUGGAUUUGAUCGGGAGAACUGCUGAACUGGCGAAGCUUUUCGGUAUUCAGUUUUAUGAAGUUUUAUCGCGAGGGUCUCAGUUUCGGGUUGAAAGCAUGAUGUUGAGGAUAGCAAAGCCGAGAAAUUUUGUUUCUUUGUCACCAAGCAUUCAGCAGAGGGCACACAUGCGAGCACCCGAAUAUUUGCCGCUGAUUUUGGAACCUGGCUCUCGGUUCUAUGCGGAUCCACUGAUUGUUUUGGACUUUCAAAGUCUGUACCCGAGUAUGAUUAUUGCCUAUAAUUACUGUUUUUCGACGUGCCUCGGACGGGUGGAACAUUUGGGAGAGGGAGAGUCAGAACCGUUCGAAUUCGGUGCAUCCCAGUUGAAGUUAUCGCGUAAAUUGCUGCAGUUUUUAGUAGACAACAAUUUGAUAACGAUUUCUCCGUGUGGUGUGGCAUUCGUAAAAGCUUCCGUUCGGGAAGGCGUGCUGCCGCGAAUGUUGAACGAAAUCUUAACGACUCGCCUGAUGGUUAAGGGUUCUAUGAAGCUGCACAAAGAGAAUCGGGUGCUGCAGCGGGUACUUCAUUCGAGGCAGCUUGGACUGAAGUUGAUUGCGAAUGUAACGUACGGUUAUACGGCUGCGAAUUUCAGCGGUCGAAUGCCCUGUGUGGAGGUCGGUGACAGUGUCGUCAGCAAGGGCCGAGAAACGCUCGAGCGGGCUAUCAAAAUGGUGGAAAGUACGGAAAGAUGGGGUGCGAAGGUAGUUUACGGCGAUACGGAUUCGCUGUUUGUUCUUUGCCCCGGUCGGACCAAGGAGGAUGCCUUCCAAAUCGGAGAGGAGAUAGUUGAAGCGGUGACACGAGAUAAUCCACCUCCGGUUAAGUUGAAGCUGGAAAAGGUCUAUCAGCCGUGCAUUUUACAGACCAAGAAACGUUACGUAGGCUAUAUGUACGAAACUGCAGAUCAGGAGAAACCGGUGUACGAAGCCAAAGGUAUUGAAACCGUCCGAAGGGAUGGCUGUCCGGUGGUUGGAAAAAUGCUUGAGAAAGUUUUACGCAUUCUGUUCGAAACGCGGGACGUUUCGAAGGUCAAGGAGUACACCUGUCGGCAGUUUACGAAAAUUCUCGAAGGGCGAGUCAAUUUGCAGGACUUUAUCUUUGCCAAGGAGUUUCGCGGCGAGGACGGCUACAAGCCGGGUGCGUGCGUACCGGCUUUGGAGCUGACUCGCCGCUGGAAGUUGGUAGAUCCACGGCGAGAACCGCGUCGCGGUGAACGCGUCCCGUACGUGAUAGUCAAUGGGCCACCGUUGGUGCCUCUGAUUCGUCUAGUCAGAAGCCCGGAUGAGUUACUGGCGGACAGUGGGCUGAAAAUCAACUCAAACUACUACAUUUCGAAGGCGAUAAUACCGCCACUAAAUCGAUGUCUCUUGCUGAUCGGCGCUGACGUUCAUCAGUGGUACAAUGAUCUACCAAGAAAGUUCUUAAUGUUGCACAAUACCGGUGGCAAGAGUUCCUCGCUGGCUAGCGCAUUGCAGCUACCGAAAAAGAGCACUAUUUCGCAGUAUUUUUCAACUACGAGCUGUAUUGGGGAUUGCGGCCAGCAAACUCAUCGGGGGGUUUGCGACAAAUGCCUGCAGAAUCCUCAGCGAACUGUCUGCUACGUGGCCGAUAAGAUUAACCGUCUUGAGCGUCGGGUUGAACUUGGCGAAAAGAUGUGUAAAUCCUGCUGUCAGCGAUCGUUUGAAACUGCUUGCAUUUCUCUAGACUGUCCGAUUGUCUUCGUACUAAAUCAGCGCAAACGGGAACAUGACCAGGUUCAGUACUAUCGAAACCUGGUAGAGGAGCUGUUCUGA